AUGAAGCCGGUGGAAUCUCAAGACUUAGAAAGCCUCGUGAAGCUUAACUCGAUUCUCAUUUUUGAUAUCGACUGCUGGGGCGCAAGCUACAUUCGCAACAUUAUUUCUCACGGGCCUUCGCACAUCACAACGAAGCAAGGCAACAAAACACUUCCGACUGAACUAUGGCUGGAGAUCCUCGAUCUGACAGAGAUCACUGUCGACGAGAACACCUAUAAACUGGUCUAUGGUAUCGAAUUGACCCACAAGUCUGCGAACGGCAGCAGGAUAGAGCCUACUCUGAUCUGCAAUGUUCUUGACCAGAUAAAGGAAUGUAGCGAGCUCGGGGAUGGCGGUCAUGUUGACCUGUUUGAGAAAUGUCUAAAGGACCCCUCAUACGAGGCUGUCACCGAAGAAGAGAGGGAGAGACUAGAUAAUGAACCCUUUCCUUUUUUCAGAAUCACCAAGUCUGCUCGAGAAAAUGCAUUCUCGAUCCCAGUUUCUCAUCUGCGCUUCCAAGAAGACUUCCUCUUUCACAACGUUGAGGUCCCGGAUAUAAUCGCGCGACUCGAGAAUGGAAACUGCCGUUUGUGUAUGGGCAACCGGGAUUUGGACAUAUAUCUGUAUGAUCCACGAGAAGAAGCGAGCUUUUUUUGUGGGGGUGUACUAUCGCAUGAACACUGUGGUCACGGCGCUAUCUGCCCCCUGUGCUUGGGUGAAGAAUAUGCAUACGAGUAUCUCAAAGUCAUGUACGGAAAAUGCGAGGAUCUGUAUAGCGAUGAAGAGCUAGAGGAAGAAGAGGAUACCGAGGAAGAAAAGAUGGCAAAGGGAAAAUUCAGAGAGCGGCUAUAUAAGCGAUACCAGGAGCUAGGAUACAGGUGGUGGGGAUGUUAA